AUGACAGAUCGCCGCACUUCGGUGAGCGCUCAAAUAUCACGGACUGCCCGACGAUUAUCAGCAGCGAUUGCCCCCCAUUUGGCUCGUUUGGAAAACAUUGGAUCACUCGAUCAUGUAGAAGGAAUUCAAGUGAGACUUGUCAAUAUUCAACAGGUAGAAGAAGCAAUGGAAAAAUACAUUUUACGCAACGCUGUCCAUUUUUCGCCAAUUGACUUUGAUGUGACCGAUUUGAAUGGACACAAAAUUUUACGUGCCAUUCUAUCACCUGAAGAAAUUGUGAUUUUCGAGGGAUCGAGACGGAUAUUGUCUGUACAUUCGGAUGAAAAUGAACAAUCAUAUUCGGCGAAAGUGAAACAUCCAAUAUCGGGAAUGAAAGUCUAUGAAUUCUCGGAUCUGGGAUCUCGGGUUGAAGUUCACUCAAAUGGAGAUCUUCUUGAUAAAUGCAGUUUAUCAUCAGAACAAACUCCUUGUAGUUCACUUUUACUUGGAGCUGGAUGUAUUUUCACGAAGGAGGAAUGGUCGAUUCGACGAGAGGAAGAACCGGUGGCCACGGUGACUCCCGUUCGAUCGUUUUUCCAGCAAAACUCUUUCAGGGCGACUUGGCAUCCAUCGACGGAGAAUGAGAUCCGUCUCUUGGCCGUCAUUUGGACUUUACUAGUGACAAUUCGAGAUCAUGAUGUGGAAUUUGCUUCGAGGCGAAACCAGCACACGAAAUGCAGGAAAUGCCCUGUAAACAUUCUUUUUGCACACAAUGCCGUGCCACCUGUCAGAAUUCGCUGUGUUCUCAAC